AUGCCUCCCCACGGGCCUCCCCGAGGCCUGAAGAAGCUCCGCGGGAAACCUGACGUGUAUCAGCUCACGGAUGACCUCCCCGGGUGGAACAUGGACGGGAGCAGCACGGACAAGCUCGCGAGCGGUUCGUGGAUCAAGCACUGGGAGGAAAAGUCGCAGCUCCCGCGUUGGCGUUGCGCGUACAAAGACUGCGACAAACCGGGCGAGCACGGCGGACACGUGUGGAUCCGAGGACACUCGAGUCGCGCAAAUGGUGUGUGGAUCGUGCCGAUAUGCAAGUCCUGCAACUACUGCGAGAACCUGAAUCGCAGGCAGUGCGUGGAUGGGAACCACUCUGAGAUUCGCAAAGGUGCCGUCGUCGUCCGGACGGAAUACACAGGAGACAUGGCAACCGCGGAGAGGAGAUUUGCCGAGAGCGCGGAUGCAUAUGACGACGGCGACGAUGAAGGAUACGAGUCCGAAGCGUACUCCGAGAUGGACUGGGACGGGUACGAUAAUGAUGAGGACGACGAUGACACAGACGACGAUGAUGAGGACGACGAUGAGACAGACGACGAGUUUUCGCGUGGGAACUUUUACAGCAGCGAGUGGGGGUCUGCGAAGAAACCUCGAGGAAGGCAGUGCAGUGGUUGCGGAGCGGACAUCUCGAACAAGCCACCAAACCACCAUAAAUGUUUGUCGUGCUUCAGUGGAGGGUCUGCCUCGGCGAAGAAACCUCGAGGAAGGCAGUGCAGUGGUUGCGGAGCGGACAUCUCGAACAAGCCACCAAACCACCAUAAAUGUUUGUCGUGCUUCAGUGGAGGGUCUGCCUCGGCGAAGAAACCUCGAGGAAGGCAGUGCAGUGGUUGCGGAGCGGACAUCUCGAACAAGCCACCAAACCACCAUAAAUGUUUGUCGUGCUUCAGUGGAGGGUCUGCCUCGGCGAAGAAACCUCGAGGAAGGCAGUGCAGUGGUUGCGGAGCGGACAUCUCGAAAGCACCCCCACAUCACUUCGCGUGCAGAGCGUGUUAUUCAUGA